GCCCGGGGGGGGGGGAAGUGAAUGGUUUUACCCAGCGAGCCCCGCGUCUGCCCUCGCCUGGGUCGCUUCAGCCGGGCCGUUUUUCUGUUUCCGCUGGGCCAUGGCGUUCACGUUCGCUGCCUUCUGCUACAUGCUGGCGCUGCUGCUCACCGCCGCGCUCAUCUUCUUCGCCAUCUGGCACAUUAUAGCAUUUGAUGAACUGAAGACUGAUUACAAGAAUCCUAUAGACCAAUGUAAUACACUCAAUCCUCUUGUACUUCCAGAAUAUCUCAUCCACGCUUUCUUCUGUGUCAUGUUUCUCUGUGCAGCAGAGUGGCUUACACUGGGUCUCAAUAUGCCACUCUUGGCAUAUCAUAUUUGGAGGUAUAUGAGUAGACCAGUGAUGAGUGGACCAGGACUCUAUGAUCCUACAACCAUCAUGAAUGCAGAUAUUCUAGCAUACUGUCAGAAGGAAGGAUGGUGCAAAUUAGCCUUUUACCUACUAUCAUUUUUUUACUACCUUUAUGGCAUGAUUUAUGUUUUGGUGAGCUCUUAAGAUGAUAUACAACAGACUCAGUCCAGUUAAGUGCAUGCAAAAGCCACAAAGUGAAAGGAUUCUAUCCAACAAGAACCUGUUUCCAAGAUUAGCAUAUGGAACAUGAUCAGUUACUUUAAAAAAAAAAGACUACUUAUUUUUAAAAUGUUUCCACGUUUUUGAUUUGUGGAAAGACUGUUUUCAUAUGUUAUGCUUAGACAAAGAAAUUAAAUGAAAUUACAUAAAAAUGAGUAUAAAAUGAUUACCUCUGGUAUCGACAGGUUUGAAUUUGUACUCCCUAGGAACAGCCAUAAUUUUCUGAAUAAUUGUAUUAAUUACUGACUGUCCUUAGUCUGUUGAAAGUUUUUGUUUACAGGAGCUUGUAGUAGCUUAUUUUGGUUUUAUUAAAAUACUGACUGGUUAUAAACUAGCUGUAGAGAUCAAGUGCUUUUGAAGGACUAAAAACUUUGUAUAUGUGACCUUGUGGAAAGCCUCAAAAGUUUCUUCAUAUAUCAUGUAGAAGAUUACAUGGAUAUAUUUGCAGAUGUAAGGAUGGUGGGAUUUUUUUUUAACAUUUAAAUAUUAGCCCUAUAUAUUGCAUGACCUAGGAAUUUCCCAUAAUAGUUCCAUAAAAUUCAUAUACUUUAAUUCUUAAGCAUAAGUGAAUCUGUUGAGAAUAUAUACUGAAUUAUCUUGGAAUGCAUUUAAAGUAAUUUUAAAUGUUUUCAUUUGUAGCAGUCACUUAGUAAGAAAUUCGGUAUUCCAAUUAUUGUUACAAUCUAGCGAUAAAAGAUAUUCUUAAGGACUUGCAAUUUAUACCUUAGAUGUUCAAAACAGAAAAUGAGAGAGAACAUUGUUUAACUACCCUGCUAUUCCUUAGUGCAAUACAAUAAAAGUCUUGCUUAAUCUACAACUACAAUAAACACAUAUUAGUUAUAUUUUUAA